UUAUCUGGACAGAAGCCACGGGGAGGAUUGGGAACAAAUGAGAGGAAGGAUGGAGUGCAAGGAGCAGAGCCCAGGACCAGAGCCAACAGAGCUCUCCGGGUGGCAACACAGACUUAUUACCCCUCCCCAGUGAGCUAACCUCACUGACACUGCUCAAAGGCACUCAGCCAAGCCCUCAUUAAACUCACCAUCCUUCCUAGUUUCUGUCUUUUAGUCGUGUAAUAAACCGUUCAGAUGAAGCAGGGAAACACAUUUACAGUAAUCAUAAAUUGCAAAGCAGAUGAAGUUUGCGGGUGGAUUUCUGCUGAGCUUUUAUGGAGUUGGUUGAAUCAAUAGGACCUCUGUCUUGUGGAGGCAUCGACCUGCGUGCGCUUAAGUUUUUUUCUUCAUUCAGGUAAAAUAGACCACUAAUGCACAGUGAGCAGCAGAGAACAUUACACUGUCCACUGGGGUGGAUUUCAAGCGUUACCAGUCCAUAUGACGACUGUUGCUAGGAGCCAGGCGACGUCUCCCCGCGGGCCUCUGACCCGGAACGACGCCGCCACCACCGUCUGAUGGUUCAGAUGCCGCUGAUGUUUUAUUUUUGCUAAUGAGAUGGUAAAAAUGUUGCGUCUGCUAAAAGACUUUCGUCGACAACACUUCUCCUCCGGUAGGUGUUCAGAUUCUUCACUCCCAUGUCACCGGGACGUCUCCAUGGCGACGUUUAGCAGCGCAGAGAGGCUCUGGAACGAGUCGGAGCUGUUCGGGCCGGACGAGGGGAACGGCAGCGCGGAGGCCUCGUGGCAGGACGAGGGGGAGAGGAACUACUACGCCAUGCUCUACUCCCUGCUCAUCCUGGCCAUCGUGUUUGGGAACGUGCUGGUGUGUCUGGCUGUGCUGAGGGAGCGCUCCCUCCAGACCACCACCAACUACCUGGUGGUCAGCCUGGCUGUGGCCGACCUGCUCGUGGCCUCGCUGGUCAUGCCCUGGGCCGUGUACCUGGAGGUGGUCGGCGGCGCCUGGCUCUUCAGCCGGCUCUACUGUAACAUCUUUGUCACGCUGGAUGUGAUGAUGUGCACUGCCAGUAUCCUCAACCUGUGCGCUAUCAGCAUCGACAGGUACACAGCAGUGGUGAUGCCUGUUUUGUACAACACCACGCACCGCUCCAGGAAGCGAGUUCUGGUGAUGAUUGCCACCGUGUGGGUCCUGGCUUUCGCCGUCUCCUGUCCCCUUCUGUUUGGCUUCAACACCACAGAUGACCCGAUGGUGUGCUCCAUCUCGAACCCGGACUUCGUCAUCUACUCCUCCGUGGUGUCCUUCUACCUGCCUUUCAUUGUCACGCUGCUGGUCUACAUCCGCAUCUAUGUCUUCCUCAGGAUGAGGCGGAAGAGGAUCUCCUUCGGCCAGCCCUGCAGAAAGGUCCAGCCAGGCUCCACCCCGCCAUCUGUGGAAACGUGUCUCCAAGAGGAAACUCCCAAGGCGAAGCAGGACCUUUCACCUAUACGGAUUAAAGUGCAGAGCGUGGAGCCUCUGGGUCCGUCCAAGCCCAGCCUGCUCUCAGGAUGCCUGUGGCGCAAGCACCCGAGGACGCGGCCGGCGGAGCACUCGGCGCUGCCCCCGGUGGACACGCAGAACUACUGCAGCAUCAGCCACGCGUCCUGCGGCCGCACCGAGCUGGACCCGGAGCAGCAGCCGGGGGAGGAGGGGGAGGAGGGGGAGGAGGAGGCAGCGGCGGCGGACAGCAACCAGGGCGAGGGUCCUCCCGUCAGGAUGGGCUGCGAGGUGAAGGACCUGUCCAACGGGCGAACGCACACGUCUCUGAGGCCGGCUCCUCACUCUCACACCAACAACCAGCGCUUCCGGAGCAUGCACGCCCGGGAGAAGAAGGCCACGCAGAUGCUGGCCAUCGUGCUGGUUGAAGCUGAUGCAGUCGGAGGGGAACGUUGAAGAAGUCGUCAAUGACAGAAGUCUGAAGGUUUUCAAUGAAAGGUGCAGAAUCCACUACACGCCUCCAAAGGUGAAGUGAACCUCCUACUGGUUCCAGUCCAGACCAGAUCUGAGACUGUGAGCUGCUGCUGAGUCCUGACUGCAGCCUGUUCAGCACCCAGACCGACCCGGACCUCUAGUCCAACACACUUUAUUCCAUAGUGAUGAUUGAUUGCAGUUACCACCAGUGUAUAACAGACAUCUACUGUAUGUGCUUCUGCAAUGAGAGACAUUGUACAAAUAGUAUUUUUUUGAAUGAAAUGUUCUUAGAUGGUGUUUGUGGUGUGUGAUUUAAACCAUUUACAAAGUGUUGGUCCUUAUGUUAAUGCCUGGAAUCCUGCACAUAAUCAGAGGUUUCGUAGGUAAUUGCGUAACAGGUUUAGGAGGAGUUAAGAAACUAGGAUCCUGGAAAUUUGCAUAUAUGUUACAUGCAGAAGUGAUCUCAUUUCUCAUCUGCCUUGACUUUAUUUUGGCAAUUAAAUUUUUUAAUUUAUUUUUA